GGGGUUGUAGAAAAUCCUGAGCGUGUGAACGCCGCAGCUCAUUCCCGCCCCCUCUCAGUUCCGGUUCAGUCCAACAUGGCGAUUGUCCACGGACAACAUAAACUGUGAAUAAAACUUUAACAUGUUUUUCAUAUUUUCUGACAUUCUGAUGAAACGACUUUAAAAAUCUGCAUUUCCCAAUUUGUUUCGAGCUCACUGAGCCGAAUGUUUUGUCUCGGACCGUGUGCCAGCGGACAAAGCAGGUAAUUCUCCGUGGCGGUUCAAACAGCUUAAACGCUGGUUAGACUAGUUUUGUUCAGUUAAUGUUAAAUGUGUUUUAACCUUUUGCUGAAGUGCUUGCCAUAGCGUUCAGGACAAACCAAAACAUAAACGAUUAACUGGAGUGAUAAUAAUAUUAAUACUUAAUAUUUGGCUUCAAGUGGGUAAAGGGUACCCCGCUGUCAUGAUCAGUUCCAGAUGAAACAGCCCUAAUCCUGAUCCUAGUCGACUAUAGAACACAGACCACCAGAGUCAUGGAGAAGUUCGGGAUGAGUUUUGGAGGCGGUCCCAGCAGGAAGGAGCUGGUUGACACUAUUGAGUCCCAGAAAAAGCAGCUGAUUCAGUACCAAACCCGUUUAAAGGACAUGGUCCGGGCCUACAAAAGUCUUCUGAAGGAGAAGGAGGCUCUUGAGGCCAGUCUGAAGGUUCUGACUGUGACCCAGGAGGUGGACAUGAGCUCGCAGGAUAUGCCCCUUCCCACCAGUGCCCUAGACCUGACAGACGACCACUGCUCCCAGUACAGCGAGGACAGUGUGGACACAGCAGCAUCUGUAGACACCUCUAGUGAGACCUGCAAAGGGGAUCAGUCUGAGGAAGACUCGGGAGAAGCAGCUGUGAAGCCCAGCUCAAUGGCCUUAAGGUUGGAGGUCACUACUGGUUCUCAGAGCAGUGGAGUGGGGGUGGAACCUCAGGCCAUGUCCUCAACUGGCACAGAACCAGAGCGUCGGCUUGCCCAGCUGAAAAACCAACUGAGCACGGUCACCGGUGCUCUGGCCACCGUGACACAGGAGAAGUCUCGGAUGGAGGCGAGUUUCCAGGCCGACAAACGGCAGCUGAAGCAGGAGGUGGAGGAGCUACAGGAACGUCUAGUCACCUUGAUGACCCAGCACGAGGUUGAGCUCUGCGCCCUACAACAGCAGCUCACCGAAAGUCGUGCUCGCAUCAUCACACAGCAGCAUGAGAGGGAGCAGGAGCAGGGAGAUCAUGUCCAGCAACUGCGCGAGCUGCAAAGGAUCCUGCAGCAGGAGCGGGAUCUGCAUCAGGACGCUGAGCUCCGCCUGCAGGAUGCCACCGCAGCGCUGCUGAUGACAUCACAGGCGGUGGAUCGCGGAGCGGAGUCUGAAGCUCACCUGAGUCAGAUGAAGGAGGAGAGAGACCUGUUAAAGAGGAGGCUGCAGGCAGCUGAGGAAGAACGAAAGAAACCAGAUCCCAGAGUGAAAGACCUGGAGCGAGAACUGACAGAACUGAAAGAACACUUUCAGCAGCAGAUCUACAAUGAGACCAAGAAGGCCUGUGACUCAGAGGAGCGUGCAUGUGAGCGUGCACAGGCUGCAGAGAUGAGAGUUGCAGGUCUGGAGCAGCGGGUCUCUGAACUGUCAGAGCUGCUGGGUUCAUGCGAGAAGGUGCGUCAGCGUGACCAGCAGACAGCUCAGAGACUCAGAGACCGGAUCCUGCAGCUAGACACGGAGAACAAAAAUCUGGCUGUUGCUGCAUCCAGCAAGUCGACCUCCGAGCUGGGCCUAGAUGACUCGCAGCUGGACAUUAGCGUGCUAAAGGAGAAGCUGAACAAGAUAAAGAAGCUGCUGCUGCUGGCGGCUCAAAGGAGCCAGGACCAGAACCUCCACACUCUGGUGGACUCUGAGCUAGGUGAGGACAAAGCCUCAGUCCUGAAGUACCAGCAGGAGCUGCGGCAGCUGAAGGACGAGUUUGAGCGCUACAAAGUACGAGCGCAAGUGGUUCUGAAGAACAAGAACACUAAAGAUGGCUGCCAGGCCAAGGAGCUGGAGGAUGUUCGGGACCAGCUGGCCGAGCUCAAGGAAAAGUACAUCAACCUCCGGAUCCAGAGCGAUGAGACAGAGACCCGUCACCGCAAAGAGCUGGAGGAGUGGCAGCAGCAGGUGGUGGCACUGCAGCAGAGCCACCGUCAGGAUGUGGAGCGGGCCGAUGUGCUGCACCGUGAUGAGCUGCUGCGACUGGAGGCUGAGCUGCACAAACAGAGAGAGAGAACCAUGGCGCUGCUGGAUGAGAAGGACCAGGAGCUGGAGAGGCUGCGAGCUGUUGCACUCAACUUCAGCAACGACUGUGACCGGACAGCCGGAGCAGAGUGCGAGUCUGUCCCCGAGACAGAGGCCGACACGGUCAGCCAGGCCCUGCAACGGGCCACCAACACAGAGCCCACGCUGCUGCUGUACGCCGAGCAGCUGGCCAGGAAGGAGGUGGAGGUGGGUGGGCUUCGGCGUCAGAAGAACCGGUUGGAGGAUGAUCUGCACCAGCUGCAGGCCCGACUCAUUGCUAAUGCAGAGCGGCACGAUGAGGAGCUGACAGAGCUGAGAGUACGACUUGACAAACUGCUCCGAGACCAGAGCAGAGAGGGAGCCAACAUGGAGUAUCUGAAGAACAUCAUCUACAAGUUCCUGACGCUGCAGGACACCAGCGGGAGGCAGCAGACCCUCACAGCCAUCCUCACCAUUCUGCACUUCAGCCCACAGGAAAAACAUCAGGUUGUGAAACAGCAGGGGGCGACGUGGUGGAUGAAUAGCAAGAGGUAAAGCAGCGGCCAUGUCCUCUACAGUCACAACUCCAAAAACCAGCACACACAAAAUGAACAUGAGUUGGUUGUUGCUGGUUAUGCUUCUGAAAGUCAGUCAAGUCAAUAAUCGGGAAAUGGAAAUGUACAAAUUUUAAUUAUUCCAACUUUAACUAAGGCUUAGAGGUUGUGAAAUGAAGAUGUACGGAUCCAGUAACUGUAACCACUGUUCUUCUGACAUCAAUUACAAUAAGAUUGUUUCCUUUAUUAUAAAUGCGGCUUCUGAUAUAACAAAUGAGCAAAUGUUGAGGUUCAUGUUUAUUUUUGAAAUUAAAGUAUUUUAUCCUGAUUUAAAGUCACUUUAUACAUUUAAUAUCAGAAUGAAACAACCUGGUAACCUGGUUUAGAAGAUUUGUGCUUUUCAAAAUACAAUUUGUAAGGUAUUAAUGCCA